AACGACCUGUGCUCCACCAGCAGCAGCGCUGGAGCUCUGUCCUGGAUCGGUGGAGAUGGGUUGAGGCGGAGAGGAGCACCAACACCAUCGGCCGCUGAGUGAAGCAGUUACAGUUACAGAAGACUCGGGAGUUCUCCCCCGGUCCCGCCGCUCGCCCCCCGCUCUGCUCCAUUCCCGGCCCCAGCAGGCCAGGGAAUGUCCCGGCGGCGAGAUGCCUUAUGUGGACCGACAGAACCGCAUCUGUGGCUUCCUGGACAUAGAGGAGAACGAGAGCAGCGGCAAGUUCCUGCGUCGUUACUUCAUACUGGACACGCAGCAGGGAAGCUUGGUGUGGUUCAUGGACAACCCACAGAACCUGCCUGUUGGUGCAGACUGUGUUGGCUCCCUCAAGCUCACCUACAUCUCUAAGGUCAGCGAUGCCACUAAGCUGAGGCCUAAGGCAGAGUUCUGUUUUGUCAUCAAUGCUGGGAUGAGGAAGUUCUUCCUGCAGGCCAACGACCAGCAGGACCUCGUAGAUUGGGUCAACGCUCUCAAUAAAGCCACCAAGAUCACCGUGCCAAAGUUGUCUGAUGGCCAGCAGAAUGCAGAGAACCAGAAGACUUUGCCAGAUGUCGUAGGGCCCAAGAAACAAGUUUCCUAUAAGACAGAGAUCAUUGGAGGAGUCCCCAUCGUCACCCAGACUCAGCAUGAAGGUGGUGAUGGUGUAGACAGAGCGGAGCGUGAGGCCAUGCAUCGCUCCCACAGCCAGCUGCCGUACUUCCUGGGCAGGCCCACUCAGGAGCACACGGUCAUCAAGUCCGGCUACUGCGUCAAGCAGGGCGCUGUGAUGAGGAACUGGAAACGGCGGUAUUUCCUGCUGGAGGAAAACUCAAUGAGUUACUUCAAGUCAGAUUUGGAGAAAGAGCCUCUGAGAAUGAUCCCACUAAAGGAAGUUCACAAAGUCCAGGAGUGCAAACAGAGUGACAUCAUGAUGAGAGAUAAUCUGUUUGAAGUCGUCACCACAUCAAGGACAUUUUACAUACAGGCGGAUAGCCCAGAGGAGAUGCACAGCUGGAUCAAGGCUGUCUCAGGGGCCAUUGUGGCCCAGCGGGGGCCUGGGAGGUCCGCUGCCACAAUGCGGCAGGCCAGACGGCUGUCGAACCCCUGUAUACAGAGGUAUACGUCCCGAAUCGGGGAGUGCAGCAGCACUCUGCUGCAGCUGUGUACCUGUCUUAGAUGUGUGACAUCCUGCUUGUCUCUCCUCCUCCCUCCUGUUCGCUGCCUGAACACGGCAGCCGUUCCACUUUCUACCGCAGCCCCGCGGGUCCCCCCGUCCCUCGCUCGCCCAUAUCUGCCAUGCAACCAUGCUACCCAGAGUGGGGGGCUGCUGUCACGUGCGGCACACGCUCGCAGCCUGGCGUGGGACAGCGAGCACUUCAUGAGCCUGCUGCCACGGCCCAGUCACAGCCACACGCCAGCACGCCUGUCCCUGCAGGAGACGCGUCUGGCAAAGUGACCUGCGAACCACCUGUGACCACCAUCAACGACUCUGAGGAGUCACCGUGGCGACGGCGGAGCAGCUUUGAGCCCCACAUGCCCGAACCACCCCUGGACCUGGAUGACGCUGACCUGCCGGUGAGCGAGGUCUGAGCCGUUGGACGUUAAAACGUGUUUGUCUGGAUGUGGACUCCACAGAUAGAGAGGAAACUGUGCGCAAUAAGUGUUUCAAAAGGGCAGGCAUUGGUUUUCAAACCAAAAGCUGUUGGCGGAUGACAGCGUGCAACAUCACAAACUCAACUUUUGAGCUCCUCCGUCAGUGCCGUCAGUGCCGUCAGUGCUCUAGAGACACACGUUGGGUCACCACUGAACUGCACUCGUGUGCCAAAGACGACCCAGUCUGCACCCACACCCCUCUGCCUGCCUGCUGUCGCAUUUACAAUCGUGUAUUUAUUUACUUAGAGUUGAUGUUGUUAAACAAAACUACAAAUUUUUAGUUUAGUCGUGCUGAUUAGAAUUCAAUGACAGAGCUUUAUUUUAACCUGUACAGGCACAACGGUGCGUUCAACGGUCUUUGUGGGCGGAGGAUGUUUGUAAACCACUUUGUGCCAAGAAAAUAAGGGAGCUUACAAGAGCAAACUACUUCCUCUUGAUUGAGUGGAGUGUUCAAACUAAAGAUUUACUUUUCAUCACCUCUCUAAUCUACUAAUUUAAACUGUGCGGUCCAUUCAUACACUCACUAUUGUAACCCUGGAUUUGUCUACUAUUGUUGGCCAGUGUUAGGGACAUGUGUCAAGCAUAGUCUGAGAUCAGAUUCUCGCUCUGAUGCAAAUUAUAAUUCCAAGAUUCUGGACUGGUCUAGGACUAAAUGCUGAACCCAGUGUAUAUAGACCUAUUUUUUUUUUACAUUUGCCAAGAAUGACUUAAAUUUCUCUUUAUUUUUAAAUAUUUCAGUGGGUUGCUCAAUCAUAUAAUGACAUGCUCACUUUUACCACAAGCUACAAUCUACAAUGAAUGGUCUUACAGAUAAGCCUCCUCUGGAAGUAAAGUGAGUUUGACUGUUCAGAAGCCCAUAAGAAAAACAACAGUUUUGGAAACUAUAUAAACUAUAUGUACAUGCCUCACAACAUGAAUCAGCUUCUUUGUGGACUACAUUUCAGCAUACCAGACUUUAUGGACUCACUUUUGUGUGAUGAGUAAACAGGAAGUACAAGGACUACGCUUGUAAACAUUUUGUAAUUCAUAGUAAUAAAACCUUCAGCAAUAGGGCUGGGUCAGUUAUAGAUAAGCUUCAUGUCCUGACAGACCGGGUAAUAACAGGCUCAUAUGGGUUAACUUGACCUGGAGUCCAUUGUUUGAAUAACUGUAUGAAAACCGCGCAAACAUUUUGGAUUAACAAAAAAAAAAAAACAUUCAAGUUCAGACACUUCCGUUGCUUGUUACCAUUUAAAUGAUUCCUCAGAUUUUCUUUCUGUUUUUUAGUUUUUGUUCAUCUACGGCCGCUCUGUGUGUUGUGUGUUUGCAGAUUUAUUUUUUAUAUGCUUUUCGAUGUUUCCUGAUCGUAUUCAUUGUACCUGUGUCGCCAACCCAGCAGGAGGCCGCUGCCUCGUGGUUUUAUUUAAAAAUGUCCCACUGUUGUCCUGCUAAAUAAUACACACUAAUCUUUUUUUAAAGUGCCUGCUUCAUUUAUGCCCUGCAAAGUUCAAGCUAGUUCACCCUGUUUCAGUCUGGUGUAAUUGGUUUGAAUUGUCUCUAUUUAUUAUGUGGAUGACUUGAAAGAAAUAAACACUGAAAAUGUG